CUGAACCUCCAAGCCUAUUUUUUCUUCUCAAAAAUUUUAGUGAGAUUUGGGAAACGCAAUUUCUUCUAUCAGAUCUUCUCUCAGAUUUCUUCUCUCACAUAAAACUUCUAUCCAAAAUUAAUUUGUUUUCGAACAUCCCAGAACAGUAUCAGUCUCACCAAUUCAACAUACAAUUUUGAGUUGCAUGACAAGAAGAGGCUGUUGCACCUUUUUUGGUGUUAUAUCAAACCUAAUUUCAUGUUGUUCACAAAUGGUGCCAUUUCAAUGACCUGAAGUGGAUUGGCUUUGCGGCUUAAAUAGUUUUGUAUCUAAGUUGUUCCUCCUGCUGAGUAUCUAAAUUGUCUUGCUGCACUUAUUCAAGCCAUAACGUUGACGCUGAAAUAGCUACCCAAAUAGAGAGAAAAAUGGCAUCACGGGUGACCUGCACAAUCCGUUUCCUGACGUUUGCAACCUUUCUGAUGCAGAUGUGUUUGGUUUCCAUACAAAUGGCAAUCCACAGUCCCUGUUACAUUUAUGCACAACUACAUCUAUCAAACCAGCAAUCACAGGAAGAUUGUAAGAAAUAGUGUGACUGGCCCGGAAUUUGGAAUACCAUCCUAAACUACAGGUGAGUUUGUAACAAAGCUAAUUCAGUUAAACAAAGAGAAAAUGCAAAAACAAAGAUGGGAUGUAGCCAUGCAAGUAGAAAAUAUUCGCACAUCAAAAAUGAAAGGAACGAAAACAAGGAAGAAUACAUCAAAGGCCAAAAAAGUAUGAAGCAGCGAACAACAACUAAUGGUUUGUUCUUGGACACAAAUUAUCCAUGUUUAUCUAUAUAUGGCGAGAUGGAUCGUGACUUAGAUUACGCGAUUAAACAUUUAGCAAGGAAUGGUGUUCUGAUUGACUUCCAUGAUAUGAAGCCGAUUGAGGACCGGCUGAUUGUGACUGAUUUGGGGAAGGAAAAAUACGUUGCUACUCCCGAGAAAGACCGACAAAUGGGAGACAGAAUUUAUCUUAGUUUGCACUAUAGGCCUCAAUGGAAACAAAAACAUAAGAUUGUUGUACGUGCUCCUCAUUGGCGACACAUGCUCCUCAUAAACACUUUUACAUUCUCAAACGUGGUGAAGAAAAUGUACCCUACAAAUGGAAAGACGUCAAUUUCCCAUAUAUGCAACGACUAUUAAUAAAUCACUGGGACAAUCGGUGAAGUAUGUGGGCAUUGAUUUACAUACUCCAGUAUUUAUCCAUGGUCAUCUAUAUGUCGCAUUGUCUAGGUGUAGUGCUGCAAGGAGAAUUACUUUAUUUUUGACCCUCAAUGAAUCAAAGAAAGGCCGGGAUGGAGUCUUGGAAAGAAAAAUAGUGGUGGUGAUUUUGUAGUCCAACAAAGGGAAGGUUUCCUCCGUCCGUUUCCAUAGGUAUAGACUUAUCCACCGUCCUUUGUGUUUCAUAAAACACAAAUCCUAGAAAAUUGAAAACCGCUCAGUCGAGAUUGAACGGACGCAAAGAAACCUCCUUUUGUUUCGCCCCAUUUUGCUUAGGUGUCUUUUAUACAAGUUGUUCUUAUAACUUCCUAAGAUAUGCCAAAACUGCAAAUCGUUACGCUAUUAGUCUAAACGUCAAAGAAAAUAAGGAUUACGUUAUCUUAAAACUCAAGUUUCAGUUUGUGAAUCCGAAUAAAUUCCAUUUUCAUACAUUAUCAUCGGAUAUCGUGAAUGUAAAAAAAUAUCGGAUCGUCAUCAAAAUCGAAGUUUAAGAGAGGCGAUUCAAUCAUUUUUUCGUUCAGAUUGUUUGUUUCUCAUAGUUUCGGUUAGGAUCUGUAAGUAGUUUCUAUCAUUUUAUCUGUUAUGAUUUUCUUUUCUUUUUUGAUAAUUAUGAGAUACUGGAUCGUUUUGUAUUUGUCGAAUCUUUGAUUCGAUUGUUUUGAAAUGGAAGGGAGAAUCCACAUGACGUACAGGGAGAUCAGCAGUUGUCAGUUUUUUUAGAUUUUUAGUUUCGAAUUUGCUUUUCUGAUCACUUAUUCACUAUCAAUAUUGUUUCUUUUAGUUCUAAAUGAUUGUUUUUUCUUUUCUUUUUGGGUGAUGUUCAGUUUUCAUCAUUUAUGUUCAUUCAUCCUAUUUGUAAUUGAUUUCUUAAUGUUUGUUUAUAGUAAUCAACUUCAAUAUUACGAUCAAAAUGUGAACUUUAUCCUAAAAUCAGGUUGUUGUUUUUUGAAUUCAUAUCCUAUGUGUAGUUCAGGAAUGGUAGAUCGUAUAGGUUGUUGCAUCCUUGGAAAUUAUAAAGCUUCACGGUGCAACUUCAACGUCGACAAAAC